AUGGCUCUCCUCCAAUACCCCGCGCCGGUCGACUACGAGGCGCAGAAGGAGGCUUUCAAGGAUUUCCUCCAGCACUUCAAGUCCUUCGAAUCGGCAUCCGAGGCGGCUGCGACAGAAGCAAUUGAAGAUCUGCACAUCGACGGCGAUCGCACGAGCGAUGAAUAUGAUUUCAUGGACGAUGCGGAGGAUGAGGAGGGCGCGCAGAGGUCAGGAAGGACGGCCCGGAGACGCCGCGAACCGAAACACAAAUACAUGCAGAUGCUGCAAGAAGUUGCGGAUCGGGAACGUUCAAAUAUCUUGAUCGAGCUGGAUGAUCUCCAGACGUUCGAAAAAUCGCUCCCCGAUGAUACAGACCUCAAACUAGUGGAGUCAAUCCAGAAGAACACGAAGCGCUACAUUGAUGUCUUUUCGGAGGCCGUGGAUGCCGUCAUGCCCAAGGAGACGAAGGAGAUAUCCUUCAAGGAUGAUGUGUUGGAUAUUAUCAUGUCUCAGCGUGAGAAGCGCAAUGAGACCAUGGCGAUGGCUGCAGAAGCCGACAUGGAUGCUUCGAUGCCCCCUGCGAUGUUCCCGCCGGAACUGACUCGAAGAUACACUCUCACCUUCAAACCCCUGACCCCGUCCGGAUCCAGCAGUGAACGGGACUCGAAGGCCCUUGCUGUCCGUCAGGUGCGAGGAGAACAUCUCGGUAGCCUCAUAACAGUGAGAGGUAUCGUUACCCGUGUAUCAGACGUAAAGCCCGCUGUGAAGAUCAACGCAUAUACCUGCGAUCGAUGUGGAAGUGAAAUCUUCCAGCCUAUCACCACCAAGCAGUUCCUUCCUAUGACGGAAUGCCCUUCUCCGGAGUGUAAAGCAAACAACACCAAGGGACAAUUGUUCCUUUCUACUCGGGCGUCUAAAUUUGUUCCAUUCCAGGAGGUGAAGAUCCAGGAAAUGGCAGAUCAAGUCCCUGUGGGCCACAUUCCGCGAACUCUCACCGUCCACUGCAAUGGAAGUCUGACGCGGCAGCUGAAUCCCGGUGAUAUUGUCGAUAUCGCCGGCAUUUUCCUUCCGACCCCAUACACGGGUUUCAAAGCAAUUCGUGCGGGUCUGCUGACCGACACGUACUUGGAAGCCCAAUACAUCACUAAACACAAGAAGGCCUACGAUGACAUGGCAAUGGACAGCCGAACGCUGCGUCGGAUUGAGCAGUACAGGAACUCGGGCAACAUGUAUGAGUAUUUGGCUAGGUCUAUCGCUCCUGAGAUUUAUGGUCAUCUUGACGUGAAAAAGGCUCUUCUUCUGCUGUUGAUCGGAGGAGUGACCAAGGAGAUGGGAGACGGCAUGCACAUCCGCGGAGAUAUCAACAUUUGCCUGAUGGGUGAUCCUGGUGUUGCCAAAUCCCAACUACUGAGAUACAUCUGCAAAGUAGCACCCCGUGGUGUCUACACGAGCGGUCGUGGAAGCAGCGGCGUUGGUCUCACAGCUGCAGUCAUGAGAGACCCUGUCACGGACGAGAUGGUAUUGGAAGGAGGUGCUCUCGUUCUUGCAGAUAACGGUAUCUGCUGCAUUGACGAGUUUGACAAGAUGGAUGAUGCGGACAGAACGGCGAUCCAUGAAGUCAUGGAGCAGCAGACGAUAUCCAUCUCGAAGGCAGGCAUCACCACGACUCUCAAUGCCAGAACCUCUAUAUUGGCUGCUGCCAACCCUCUAUAUGGCCGGUACAACCCUCGGGUCUCCCCUGUGGAAAACAUCAACCUUCCAGCCGCCCUGCUGUCCCGUUUCGAUAUCCUUUUCCUUAUGCUCGACACGCCGUCUCGGGACGCGGACGAGGAACUGGCUAACCACGUCACGUACGUCCACAUGCAUAACAAGCACCCGGAUACUGGCGAUACUGCCGUGGUUUUCAGUCCUCACGAAGUCCGCCAAUAUGUCGCCCGUGCUCGGACAUAUCGCCCUGUGGUCCCUAAACAUAUAUCUGACUACAUGGUUGGCGCGUAUGUACGCAUGCGGCGCCAGGGGAAGCGCGACGAAGGAAGCAAGAGACAGUUCUCUCACGUCACACCUCGUACGCUGCUGGGUAUCAUCCGUCUGUCUCAGGCUCUGGCACGUCUCCGAUUCAGCAAUGAGGUCGUUACGGAGGAUGUGGAUGAGGCUCUGCGGCUGGUAGAGGUCAGCAAGGCAUCUCUCUACAACGAUGGUGAGGCUGGCACGGACCAGAGUCCCAGCAGCAAGAUUUACAACUUGAUCCGCGGUAUGCGGGAGAGCGGAGCGGCAGCCGUGGGUGAUGGCGCGGAUGGAGAGCUCAGCAUGAGGAAGAUCCGCGAGAGAGUACUGGCCAAGGGCUUCACGGAAGACCAACUGACGCAGACGAUCGACGAGUAUGCCGGAUUGAAUGUCUGGCAAGUCACUGGCAAUGGAACACGUCUGGUAUUUAUUGAGAUUGGUGAUGAUGACGAAAAUAUGGACAUGUAG